AUGGCAGCCCAGAACCGCGAGUUCGUUUUCGACAAAUCACAACUCCCGUGCGUCUUUGACCAGGACUAUGACCGCGAAUUAUCUCUCAGAGCGCAGUUUGUACUCCUGAACGUAGGUCAACCCCUCCCCAUCGUCGUGCUCCCGCGACUGAGCCGCCCGCCAAAGCACCGGAAGCAAGCACAUGACGAUGAGCUGACCGAGACAAUCUAUAUGAUCAGGGAUGAGCUCAAAUAUCUGAACGAGACCGGCAGGCUCGAUACGAACUGCCGUGCCCCUUGUCAGCUGGGACUCGCCAAAAGACUUGGGAAAAGAUGGGCUUUCUUGCACAUUGGCACCUUUGCCCCCUAUCCUCCCAACUUCAGCUUCCAUCAUCAGGUGGCACCUGGCGCCGUCCUCGGUCCCAAGACCCAGGAGGAUCAUGUAUCCAUUGCCGCCACUGAGAUCCAGGAACUGACAAGGUUGAUCACUCAAGAUCGCUACAAGUGGUUCCUUGAGUGUGAGAAGGCGAUUCGCGACAGGAUUAAGCUCGUCGAGACGCGCAUCAGCGAGCUGGAGCUAGGCAUGACCCGUCAGCACAACGCCGUGUCGAAGGAGUUUGAGGCCUGGGCUGAAAACAUUGGGGAUAAUGCCUUUGUGAUCGAUGAUUCCUUUCAGAGGAUCCAAGACAACGACACUGACUUCUGCGGCUGGCAUGUCUGGUUCAGACUUGAGAGACAGCUGUUGGAGGCUGAGCAAUCUCUAGAGCUUGAGAGACACGCCCAGGAGUCUUUGUUUUGUGACAUUCUAGCGGCCAUGACAAACGGGCUAAUCCUGAAGGGUAACCGUGUUCGGGCUGAGCACGGAAAACGAACAGGUUUCCUUAUUAGACUUAGCUUGCUCCUACAGACGGCCACGACCCUUGCAUCUCAACUCGGUGACCUGAUGAUCGUCAAGGACAUGGCCUAG